AUGUCAGACACGUUCAAAGUGGACGUUGAAGCGAAGUAUAAAUUGGGAAAAAUAUGGGGAUUUGCUGUACAGAUGCCUGCGGGUCUUGACUUAUGCCAAGUGAAAGUUGUGGUUCAGUGGCGAGUUCCCAAGAGCCCCGAUACACUUGUUCAGCACUUCGGUCGGGCAGGUCGUGACGGCUCCAUCCAAGCGAUUGCCAUCUUGAUUGCAGAGAAGGCUUAUUUCUCAAAGCCAAGAGUUGAUAAGAGAAAGGCCGAUCUUGAAGCCUCACUGCGUCCCAAUCUGAAAUGCAAAAAUGGCCCGCCCCAUGGCCCCCCUUCUGACGCACUUGUAGACCUUCCUCUCCCAGAAGUCCGAUCAGUCAAUGCACAGAGGACAGAUGAGGAAUUUCAGGAUGACGAUGAUGAUGAUGGCGCUGAGAGCAACGAAGAGGAGAACCUAAUGGAUUAUCCUUUUGAUGGCCCAACCAAUCCCGAAGGGGCACAGAUACCUCGGGGUGACAAAACAAAGUCGUCCAAACCACACAAAAGCGGCCGCCACUCGAAGUAUGAGAAUAUCGAGAGCUCGGUUGCAGAAUUUCUGUAUGCUGACAUGCUCCCAGAGAGCCAUCCUCAACUGAGUGACAACAUUGAACUGCAUCACGAGUCUUCCUCACAUGGGGCUUUCAGGGCCUGA